AUGGACAUCAAAAGUAUAGCAUGGUUUGCAUUUUGCUUUUGUUUUGCCUUAGAAAUGUUCAUGCCUCGCUUGCUAUCACAGCCUCCUCCUCCACCUGCAGAUCCAAGCACACAGCCUCCUCCUCAAGCUGAACCUCUUCCAAAUGAGCCUAAAGUUGAUUACGAUAUCCGAAUAAAUAGAUUCACAGAUCCAAUAAAUAUCGAAUAUUGGUAACCUUUAUCCAGUCAAACCUGUGGUUUUAAAGCUAGAGUUGACGAAGUUAAAAAUCUCCUUUCCUUGUAUUAUCCUACUUUAAUAAUCACAGAAACCCCAAGCUAUCCUCCAUUCCCAUUUGGAUUGCUCGCACAGUAAAACCCAAUUAGAAUUCUCACUCUUGUCAGGUAUGCAGGAAUUUUGCUAUUGGUAGCAGGAGACAUGGUUUUCCAGAAGCUGCAAAUGCCGUAUCCUGCUUGGUAUCUUUAUAUGAGGGAUAAAAAGCUUAUGACGGGCUUGUUCUUGUUCUUUGGAGUUAAUGCUAUAAGUUCAUGGUUAACGUCAACUGGAGCUUUUGAAGUCACUUAUGGAAGCCAGCUGCUGUACUCUGGAAUUGCCAAAGGAAGGAUGCCACAAGCAGAAGAAAUUUUAGCCUUAAUAAAGACACUUAUACAGCCUUAA